AUGAAGUGUAAUUAUCAAAUAGUGAGAAGUCGAAAGGGGACUCCCGUGAUAUAUUUUAACGGGUUCAGGUACGGACCCGUGAGAAAUCCAAAAUAUCCUAAUAAAUAUUGGGUUUGCACGUCGAAUCAAAGUUCUCAGUGUCGCGCGAGAGCCGUCAUGAAAAAAAAUGGAAAUCUAUGGCUUAAAGAAUAUAAUUAUCAUUACUUCAUCAUUCCGACGAGAAUGGGAAAUCCGAAAUUGAUAUGCAGCGGAUACGAGUACCUGGGAAAUCGUAGGAACAUUGAAAAGCAAAGGGAAUAUUGCAUAUGUAAAAAUUAUUCUAAAAGCUCAUGCAAAGCGAGAGCGGUCAUCUAUAAAGAGGGAGGUGUGAGCUUUUCCGGUACGCACAAUCAUCCACCGCCUGCUACGACGAGAAAUUUAUUUCACAGACACAUCAAUUUUAAAAAAGAAUUAUUUUAA